GUCUGUGCUCCCCGCGCCCGAGGCGCGGGCCGCCCUGUGCACCCACGGGUGGACGCAAAACCCGCGCGGCUCCCGCGCGCCCGCCCGCGCGACGCAGCCUCGCGGUCCCCUUCCGCGCUCCACAAAAACCUCUCCUCCUCCCCUCGGCCCUCAGCGCGCCCGCCCGCGCCGCGCCGCCGCCUUCCCGCGUCGCGCUGCCGCGGGGCAGGGGGCGGGGCUCCGGCGGCAGCGGCGCAAGAUGGCGGCCACCACGGCGGCGGUUCAUAUAUGAACAAAGAGCUGCCUUUAAGCAUCCCGAUAAGGCUCUUCCUAGGAGGCUGCAGACACCCAAGCCGCGACGCCUGCCCGUCCUUCAGGCUGGGAUGGCAGGAGUAAAAGUUCCUCGUAAUUUUCGUCUGUUGGAAGAACUUGAAGAAGGUCAAAAAGGAGUAGGUGAUGGAACAGUUAGCUGGGGCCUUGAAGACGAUGAAGAUAUGACACUCACAAGAUGGACAGGAAUGAUUAUUGGACCUCCAAGAACAAUUUAUGAAAACAGAAUAUACAGCCUUAAAAUAGAAUGUGGGCCUAAGUAUCCAGAAGCACCUCCAUUUGUAAGAUUUGUAACAAAAAUUAAUAUGAAUGGAGUAAAUAGUUCUAAUGGAGUGGUGGACCCCAGAGCCAUAUCAGUCCUAGCAAAAUGGCAGAAUUCUUAUAGUAUCAAAGUUGUUCUGCAAGAGCUUCGGCGUCUAAUGAUGUCUAAAGAAAAUAUGAAACUUCCUCAGCCACCUGAAGGACAAUGUUACAGCAAUUAAUUAAAAAAAAAAAAAUCAUGCCCCCUUUAUUCAAUUUAAGCUGUCUUCAUUUUCCACAGUAGUAAAUUUUCUAGAUGCAUCUUGUAGACCUCAAAAUACUGGAAAGGAAGUUCCCAUUCAAAGGAGGUUUUUCUUGAGAUACUGUAAAUGAUACUAAUUUUUUCAUUUGAAAUAUAAGUUGUGCUAUAACAAAUAAUCCUGUCGUGUAACCACUGUCCACAUAGCUGAACUUCUGGUAUCAGGAAAAGUCUAUUUAAAUUUAUUACUGUCAAGACCAGUGUGGCACAUCUAACUUAACUGUGAAAGCAUACAUCCCACAAUCACCUUGCUGUGUGUCUGGCCUGGGUUGUUUUUUCUUUUUUCUUUUUUUUUUUUUUCUGUCUUUUGCAAUAGAGUCGAAGCUCAGGGCUGUUUAUUAGAGUAGACACAAAGGUUUUUGCUUCCAGUACUACACUGGGCUUUACGGACUACUAACGGGGAUGUGUGCUAACCUCAGUCAUCCCUCCCUUUGUGCUAUCUCUAGUAAAGGCUGAAUGUGACUGUGGUCAUUUUUGUUUUUGUAUUUUUUUAAAUGCCCUGAUGAUCUGGGGCAAGCUUUCUUUCUUCCCUUUUGCCAAGGCAUAGAUUGUAUUUCUCUUCCUGGUCCCCCUCACCAGUAAUGUGGGCAUUGGGUGAGGGAUUCAGGGUUCUUUUAAUCUCUUCCCUCUUCCCCUCUUUUUAGUGGGGGUGCUGCUUUCUUUUUGCCCCUCUUUGUGACUCUUCUCACCCCUGGACAACAGGGGUAAGCGUUGGGGCAAUAACUUGACCUGUUCCCUCCUGCUUAUUGUUCUGGUUUUGCAACAAAUGUAGUCUUCACCAGCCUGGGAAACAAGAGUAUCUAUUCUGCUUGCAAACUGGGAUUUUCCCUGCCCCUCUGGCACUGCUGCCGCACCGCCAAGCUGGCCACGGCUGAUGUUAAUAGACAGGCUUUUGGUGAAAAGAGCAGUCAUUUACCAGGAUUGCCCAAAUCUUCUGCUGCCAAACUUUAACGGGGAAGCUCUGCACGUCCAGACUAAACACACACUCCAACUCGAAUAGUUGUAUUUUGGUGCUUUGGAUUGACCCGAGAAUGUUAAUUAACUAAAACACGGCACUUAUGUUUGGCCCUUUUAAAGAUCUGACAGACAAAUCAAGUCAGUGUAGACUUCAGUAGGAUUCUGUUAAGUCUUGGAGGUGAAAACCCCUCAGUGAAGAUGCUGGGGAAGUGGUGCGUACAGCAGAUUAAGGACCUUUACUGGCUUUGCAUCCUGGCAAAUCACUGCCUUUUCUGUUUUACUGUUUUGGACCACUAACUGCUGAAAUGUGGAUGCAAGCUUACAUACAAACAACCUAGUGUGUCCGAAGUUUUAUGAAAAAAUUUAGUGUUUGUGUAAAAAAAAAAAAAAAGGAAAAAAAGAAAAA